UGGCGUUCGGUUUUUUGUGUGUGCGAGGAAAUUAUUGUUUUCAAUAAAAUAGUAAAUGUAACUAGUUUUUAAAUGUUUUUCUAAGAUUUUUUGAAUUUAAUUGUUAAUAUGAGUCCAAAUAUAGCGAUUAAAAGACCCUGUUUUCCAAAUACUGACCAAGAUUACGUGCGUGUCAGUGUUGCUUACAGCGUCGUUGUCUUACGCCGCCUUUUAGAUUGAGCUGAUUAUGCCAAUUCUAAUGGCUUUUUUAUGUGUAAAUUAAGUUCAAUGGAUGCACUUUAUUGCCGAGAGGUAUCAACUUGCACUACAAUGUGGUGUAGUCGGCGAUUUGAUUGACGGGUGCGUUGUGCCGUUGUGCGUUAGUAGUUGUGUGAAAGCGUACAUACAUGUUAAAACUGUCAUGAGGACUGUUUACCAUCAAAUAGUGAAUUUGUGUUAGUGGGUUUGUUUUUUUUAUGUUGUGUUAGUAUUUUGGUGUUGAAAAUGUGUAUGCCUACGCCGAGCAAUGUCUCGGGCUUCGGGUAUUCGUGGGGCUUUACGAGUUCUGCGGACCUUACCAAGGGCGAGGUGGAGACUCCCAGUAGCAUGAGCUACACUCUCGGGAACACGGUAUCACCCGAGACAACGUUGACUGUUAUGUCGCACAAGUCACCGCAGGUCCAAGAGAAGGUUGGCACAGUCGUAGCGGUGUCCAACACAGCAGCGCAGGUCACUAGAGUUGUCACGGCGAACGCACCGGCCGGUCGAAGAGCCAUGUUUGUGCUGAAUGAGAGUCCAACACAUACUAUCAACAGGGUAUCGCAACAAAACCAGACAGCUACCAUACAUACUGCCAACUUGACCUCGAAGCCGUUUAUGACACCGAUCGGGCCCAUCCAGUUGACAGCGGAAGAGUGUAACGAGAUUUUGAUGAAGCGAGCUCUGCAGGCUCAGGGUAUAGCCACUCCAGUAAUCGAUGCUUCUCAAUUAAACCAUACGUUGUUAAACGGUGGGAUCAAAACAAUCAAUGAGGGUACACAACAGACGCAGACGGAAACUAUUCAGACAACGCCGGUGCAUCACCAUAUAUUGCACACUAAACAGGAACCGGGCACAGCAAAUAACUCACCAAAAACGGUAUACUCGCAGACGGAGCUGAUGAAUACCAACACGGUGAUGACAACGGUGGCCCCAGCGGCGGUCAAGGAGCGGCCCUACUCGUGCGACGAGUGCGGCAAGUCGUUUCUGCUGAAGCACCAUCUGACUACGCACGCGAGGGUUCAUACAGGCGAAAGGCCGCACGUCUGCGCUCACUGCGGCAAGGCGUUCGCUCGCAANUUUCUUAUAAAUCGCUAUGGUUUAGUACACAGCCGCGACCGGCCGUUUGUGUGUGGAGAGUGUGGACGCGGCUUCCCUCUGAAGCGGCACCUCGUGACGCACAGCAAGUACCACGCCGGCGAGCGGCCCUACCGAUCGCUCGUGUGUGGCGAGUGUGGCCGCGGGUUCCCGUUGAAGCGGCACCUCGUGACGCACAGCAAGUACCACGCCGGCGAGCGGCCCUACGUCUGCAGCGACUGCGGCGAGAGCUUCGCGCAGAAGGAGCACCUAGUGAUGCACAGCCGCUUCCACGGGUCCCUAUCGCCCUUUGUAUGCGCGGAGUGCGGCGCUGCCUUCGCGCGCAAGUUCCAGCUCGUCAACCACGGCCGCGUGCACGGCAAGGUGCCGCACGCCUGCCCUGUGUGCGCCAAGGAGUUCCUGCAGAAGCGGACGCUCGUGGCGCACCUCAAAAUCCACACGGGCGAAGACCUGGUGGCGUGCUUUGAAUGCGGCGAGGCGUUCAAGUGCAAGUCGGAGUUGCAGCAGCACUGCAAAAUGACGCGACACUGCAUGGCCACCAUACAGACUCAGCAGCAGCAGCAGCAACAGCAACAACAAAUGCAGACGACGGUCAUCAAACAAGACGAAUUCAAACCGCAAAUUGUCCAAGUGAUAGGUGCGGACGGGCAAAUCGUAUCUGAGAAAACUACGCCCGGCUACGCGUGUCCCGAGUGUGGGUCAUGUUUUAAUACUAAGGAGGCGCUAUCGCUUCACGUGCGCUUGCACGCGGGCGACCGCACGUGCGUGACGGACCUGUGCGCGCUGACGGCCGCGCUUCAGCCCGGACUGGUCGCCGCGGCGCAGCAGGCUACGCAGACUCAACCUAUUCAAAUAAUAUCUUCCAAUCCCAGUAAUGUUGUACAUACGCAAGUAAUAGCUACGAAUCACCACGUAGCCGCACCCCGGCCAAAGAUUCACUUUUGCGUCGACUGCGGUAAAGGUUUCGCGGCUAAACACGGCUUAUUAGCGCAUCAGAGGAGACACCCGGAAGGGAGCUGCACGCUGCGGACGCACGUUUGCGGGCACUGCGGGAAGGCGUUCUUCCAGAAGAACCACCUCAUGCUGCAUCAGAGACAGCACAUGGACCUACCACCCCGUGCGUCUCAGGCACAACAACAAGCGACGCAACAACAACAACAGCAGCAGCAACAACAACAACAGCAGCAACAACAACAACAGCAGCAGCAACAACAACAAGCGCAGCAACAGGCAGCACAGCAGGCCGCGCAACAAGUGCAGCAACAAGUCCAACAACAAGUGCAGCAGCAACAACAGCAGCAUCAGCAGCACCAGACGAACUUGGACAUAGAACAGGACCACAAUCAACCGGCGCAUAUACAAGUGGUAACGAACCGGUCAGGCCAAGUGAUCGGCAACCAGAUAGUGGUGGGGUCACUAAGUGGCGUCGGCACACGACGCUUGGUAGCCGGUUCACAGCUGCACAUCAUUCGUGACGCCAAGGCCGCGCCGCACUUGCAUGCUAAACGCGCGAUACACACCGCCGGCGAUGUGAAAGAAGUCGGUGGGCUGGUCCUAUCAACGGGUAGAGGAACGGGCCUCAUCAAGUACGAGAUAUCCAUCCCUCCACCAACGUCCGUGGUUCAAGUCCAACAGCUGGACUGAUCCAUGGCCCGCGGCCGGGCCGACUCGUCCGACUGACAGGGAUACAGUGACCUUGGACAGUGAGUGCACUGUAAAAGUGAAAGUGAAUGUGAACAGACACAGACGUGGAACACAUUGUGAAUAUAACUGACAGGUAACGUCCAAAUGUCACAGUUGUCAAAUGUGUUAAAAUAGCAGUGUUGUAGUCUUUUUUUGCAGUACCAGUGACUGACAAGUUUAAACUUAUGGUAAUUGAGCAGAUGUUGAUGUCAAAAUCUGUAUGUAGUAUUCCAUCUAGAUAUGUCUUAGCAAAUCUGACCUCAUCAUUGUUUUAUUAAAAGCACACGUUAAAUCUAUAAAUUUUCCAUUACAACUUGCGAGCGAUGUGGGUGGGAAAUGUUCUAAAAAAUAUGUUUGUAAUAAAGAUAUUGAAAAUCCAAAGUAAGUCUUCCGAAGAAAGGUUGUAAACACCAGGCGAUGUUAGAACUAACUGUUUUUUUUAAUAAUACCAUCUCUCACACACUUGAAAAUUAGUAAAUGCACAUUUGCAUUUAAUGUAUUAAGCAAGUAAAUACCUACUUGCAUGAUAUAUUAAAAACUCAUUGUGAUCCAGUUACAUAAAAUAAUAGUUUUUUAAAAUACUACACUGAUUAUUGAAUCUUCCAUUUGAGUAGAGAAUAGUUAUCGAUGAUAUACCUAAGUUUCCUGUUAUAUGUGGUUAGAACGAGUAGUGAAAUGUAUCUUAGCCUUUAUUUUAUUGUUGCUAGGUAGACGAUCACAUAUUCUCUGCUUGAAUGACUAUUGUUAAUUGUAAAUAGUAGACGUCCAAUGAUUGUUACCUCAAUUUGUUUGAGCCUCAUGUUGGUAGGUAAGCUUUUGUAUGGGCAGCGAUGAGUGCAUUUACAUUGACUCAAUAAAAUGGAGUAUAAUGUCAUGUUUUCAAUUAUAAUUUUGUUGUAAUUAAUUUUCACUAAAGCCCGGUCCGUGAGCACGUGCUUGCUUUGCAAUUAAUUAAUCAAUUAUCAAUUAUAAUUGCACUUGCGUGCAAUUAUAUUGCUGUCGCGACUGUGCGACGGGCGCCCGCAGUGAGUGUGCGAGCGCGACAGCAACAUAAUUACGUGCGAGCGAUAAGGAUGGGUAGUUUAGGGUCAUUGGACAAAAUUCUAUGUGCUCACAGACCAGACUAUACACCGUCUUUCCAUAAUGUCAAUAAAUAAAAACCUCAUAAAUAAAUAAUUAUAUUUUGUAUUAUUUUGUCUGGUUUGGAAUGAGGUUGCAGUGAAACGUUUACUGUCAUGUUAUAAUGUAUGUCGAAGAAAGUAGCUUUAUUUGCGGGAGCCUGUGAGAUUGAGGUACGGCACAAUUGGUCCCAAAUAUUGAAUAUUGGACAAAUAUUGGCUAGUAAAUAAUAUUCCUUUAGGAAUAAUAAAAUCUUAAGAAUACCAACAGAUCGGAAAGCUUUAUUUAAAUAUACGUCUCAUUGACAGCCUUAAUUAAGUUGUCUUUUUAAUGGAUAAUCGCGUGAUUCAUAGUGUAAACUACUUAAUUUCUCGGUGGCAAUAAUAUGUGAAGCGCUCGUUGUAUUAUAAGGGUAUGCUCUAAAAUUUAGAGUAUCAUUGCGAUUGUGUAAAAAGACAGGAGUACCAUGUUUGUAAUGUAUUAUAGAGUAGAGCGUAAGGGUAAUGUAGUUACUAGCUUAGUGUAAUCUCUUGUACAUAUCAAUACGUUUUGUAUCGGCAUCGACGCGCGGUUUUGUAAGUAUAAAACAACUGUACAAUCUCUCUGUAGGUACCGCAUUUAAUUUACUUAUGUUAUAUUAUAACGGCCUCCUUUUUAUAAGUCGGUUAAGUACAUAAAGAUGUUAUUUGCGUCUUAAGUAAUAGAUGGCAGGUUACGGACGUGUAAUGUGCAAUCGGAAUUCAAGAUUUAGUUGAAACAUCAUAGAUCUGAGAGUGACAAUGAUUACAAAGAUUUUAUAACUUGGCACUUUGUACGGUACAGCUGACCACACUUGGAACGAAAGUAAGAACUGAUGGUAGCUUGCUUAUAGGGUGAAAUUGCAUGUGUCUGACCCAACCUCAUUUUCGGAUAUUUGUAAGUUGAUUUCCCAAAAGUGGAGGGAUUAUUUUAAGCCUUCAGAUAAACUGGGUAUGUUAUAAAGUAUUAAAAAACAAGACUUGAUUAUUUUUGUUUUCUCUAGAUGACUAUUAAUUGUGUAGCUUUUGAAGAAUCCUUAAUUCAGGUAGUUUUAAAACAAUUGUAGUAUAUUAUUUGUAUUAAAGUCAGACAAUCAAUUUCAUCCUGCAUAAUUUUAUCUUUUAAUUUCGUAUUUUUUAAUUUAAGUUGAUUUAUUCAUAAGAAUACAUUAUGAUUAAUGCUUAAAGAAUUAAUUUGUGUUGUUUAAUAUUUAUUUAUGUAUGUAUGUAGUCGAGUCAGGUCACCAGUUCCGUUCACGUAGUUCGAAGUGGCAAAGCUUCCAUGUCUUCUGAAAUAUUGUGUUUCUAGUCUGUGAUAGAGAGUGUAUAUUUCUAUCUUAGAGAGUCCUAUAUGGCAACAUUUUUAUUUGAAGUUAUAAAUGUCGUGAAACACUUGUCUCAACUAAUAUUCUAUAUCUAUUUGUUGUGCUGUGUAAACUGUUAUUGAAAAUGGUUUAUUUCAAUUUAAGAAAUGUUAAGAUGAAUGCAUGGACAAACAUUAAUGUAACAUUUUGAAAAAUAGAGAGAAAGUGCAAGGGUUUUUAUAAAAAAAAAUAUAUUGUACUUGUUCUAAAAACCUCUCUUAUAGUGUGGAAAUCACAUUUUAAUGCCUGGUUCAUAUGCGAUAACCGCGCGGUUUUUAUGUGAUUCUCAUUGUCGAGGCACUAAGGCACUAGACGUGUGGUUACGUUUUGAUGCAAAUGUACAAGAACUGUCCAGCAACCGCGCGAUUAUCAUUGUCUGAACCAGGCCUAAGGGAAGUUUUUACACUUGUCAGAAUAAAGCGCAAGCGCCCGCCUCUAGAAUUAAGAAAAUAAGCGAACGAUACAUCCCGGAUUCAGCUGUAUAGUACCUUCCAAAGCUAUUGCGGGACAUGGAAAGAGAGCGUUACAUUUAUGAAACAAUAUUACAGAAACAUAAAACAUCCUCAAAUUAUCUGCACUGAAGUUUAUUUCUACGAGUUCAAUGAUCCUCGGUGACGUUUUGGCUUGACAUUACAGCUGUGUUCAUUUCAUCCUGCCAUUUUAUUUUUUAUCGCCGUGUAAUGAUAAUAAACUUGACGUGAUCGCAGUGCGGGCUUUAAAAAUCGCAUGUUUACAGUCUCUAUGAAAGUAUCUCAGUUAACUGAAGUUGUCAAAUAGCAUCCUUGGCAAGGGAAAUAGAAAACAUCUUUGAGGCCAAAAUUAAGUUAUAGAUUGUUAGUUGAGACACAGUAAAUCUGCUUAGCUAUGGUGGUUGUGUAAGCAUUUUAAACUGACGAUUCUUGUAGUAGAUUACGAACAUAACAAAAGCACUGCUAAAAGCGCCCACAAAAUUUUAUAGCCUCAUCAGCUAAUAUAUUUUAGAGAUUCUUUCAAGUACUUAUGUUUAAACUAAAGUGCUUGUAAAAUAAAAACAGUUAAAACGGUUAUGUAAAACGCUGUGGAACCGUUAAAAAGAGCUUAUUAUCUCCACAGCUUGAGACAGUUGAUUCUUCUCCAACUAUCGUCAGUUUCAACUUGCUUUAACUAUAGUGUUAUGUUUAUCUUUUUCCCAAAACAUUUUCUUGACUUCACAAGGAAUUCAAAGGGAAUUAGAUAAAAACUUUGUAACGUUGUAGCUCCUGUGAAAGGGUAUCUUAUGUACGCCAGGUGAAUAGAAUUCUAAUUAUAAUUUACUUCGCUAUA